CGGAGCUCGCCGCGAGCCUUCGAGAGCAGCGGUCGCGGAGGCGGCGGCGGCGGCGGCACAGGCUCGGGCCAGCCGCGCGCUCAUCCCCCGGCGCCCUGGGCGGCGGAAAGCUCGGCGGGCCGCGGGAGCCCACGGCAAGAGUGGACAAAGCAAGAUGGCAGGGAUCUUAGCCUGGUUCUGGAACGAGCGGUUUUGGCUCCCACACAAUGUCACCUGGGCGGACCUGAAGAACACGGAGGAGGCCACCUUCCCGCAGGCUGAGGACCUCUAUCUUGCCUUCCCCGUGGCCUUCUGCAUCUUCAUGGUGCGGCUCAUCUUCGAGAGGUUUGUAGCCAAACCGUGUGCCAUCGCCCUCAACAUUCAGGCCAAUGGACCACAGAUCGCCCAGCCCAAUGCCAUUCUGGAAAAGGUCUUCACUGCAAUUACUAAGCAUCCUGAUGAAAAGAGAUUGGAAGGCCUCUCCAAGCAGCUGGACUGGGAUGUUCGCAGCAUUCAGCGCUGGUUUCGACAGAGAUGCAACCAGGAGAAGCCAAGCACGCUGGCGAGGUUCUGUGAGAGCAUGUGGAAAUUUUCAUUUCACCUUUAUGUAUUUAUCUACGGAGUCCGGUUCCUGAAGAAGAGCCCUUGGUUGUGGAAUACAAGGCACUGUUGGUACAACUAUCCCUAUCAGCCACUUACAACUGACCUUCACUACUAUUAUAUCCUGGAGCUGUCAUAUUAUUGGUCUUUAAUGGUUUCCCAAUUCACUGAUAUCAAAAGAAAGGACUUUGGCAUCAUGCUCCUGCAUCACAUUGUAGCUAUUUUCUUGCUUUCCUUUUCGUAUGUCAACAAUAUGGCCCGAGUAGGGACCCUGAUCCUCUGUCUUCACGAUUCAUCUGAUUAUCUUCUAGAGGCUGCCAAAAUGGCAAAUUAUGCCAAGUUUCAGAAAAGUUGUGACCUUCUGUUUGUUAUGUUUGCCAUGGUUUUUAUCACUGCACGACUGGCCAUAUAUCCUUGCUGGGUGUUAAAUACCACAUUAUUUGAAAGCUGGGAGAUCGUUGGGCCUUACCCUUCCUGGUGGGUUUUUAACCUACUGCUGUUGCUAGUACAAGGCAUGAACUGCUUCUGGUCUUACAUGGUCAUAAAAAUCGCUCGCAAAGCUAUUUCAAAAGGCAAGGCUGGGAAGUGGAACCCUUUACAUGUGUCCAAGGAUGAUCGAAGUGAUAUUGAGUCUAGCUCAGAUGAAGAAGAUUCAGAACCUCCAGGAAAGAACCCCCACACUGCAACCACCACCAAUGGAACCAGUGGUACCAAUGGGUAUCUCCUGACUGGGUCUUGCUCCAUGGAUGAUUGAUUUCUCAAAACUACAAGUCCCGAACAAAGUGAACUGUUUGUUCCUGGAAGCGUUUAAUAAGUUGCAAACAUAGUUCCUUUCAUUAUAUCUCAGUACCAGAAACAAAAAUUAGGAAUAUCAAAGCAUUUUGAAUAGUGCACUGCCAUAUGUCCUGUCUGUGAAUGAAGAAGAAUUACCAUUCUCUAUACGUAGGCAUGCUGUAUGUAAUUGACACAAGGGAACAGUAUUUGCAUUUGUACUGUCUUAGAAUAUUAUUUGUAUUUUGUAUUUGUUCGUAAAUCUGUGGACAAAAGAGGGUUUCCUCACUCCUUUUACUUUCUGGGUUCAUGACAGUGAGGGAGAUACUCCAUCUGCUUCUACCCCUUUCUAUUGCUGUAACUCAGUUUGCUAGGAGCAUCAGCUUAAUUUGUCACUUAGAGCAAGCAAAGCCCAGUGCUAGAUUCUCGUGCCGCUCCAAGUAGGUUUGCUUCCUUUCUGUUACAGUGCCUGUUUUGAAAUUGCCUGUAUAGUCUCAGUGACCAUUUUCCCGUGUAAAGUUUAAUCAGGAUGAGUUAGGCUUUUUAAUUGUCACUGAUUGUGGUCAAUUAGCAGUUCAAAUUAAAGAGUAUGGUUUGGAAUAGACUAUUUCUUGUGCACAUGGCCAAGAUUUCUUUAGUGAGUAUGAGAGCUAGUUGGAGGUAAACUUUGUAGGUUACAGAGAUUUUUUUUUUUAAUUCCCUGUUAUGAGGUCAGUGCUUUGGCUCUGAAGGAAGACAUUUGCUUAAGGUCAUAGUUACAAACAAUGAAGUCACUCUUACUAUUGGGAAUUUGUCCCUUGACCUGACAAUAACAGAGAACAGCUGAUUUCAACCAGAUUUCAGCACUACCCCUAUAAUUACCACAGUCUUCUGUCAUGUCAUGAAAAAAAGAAGCUAAGCAUAUUUUGGGACAGCAAAGGAGACUUUGAACAGUUGGCAAAGGUCACCUCUAGUGCAAAGCACUUUGUUGCCACCAGCAUUCGAGGAAGUGCCCCAUCUAGUAUUUGAUCUUUUUUCUAUUUUUCUGAACAAAAUAAAGCCAAUGGGAGAAAGACGAUUUUCCUCUCUGUCUUUUCUCCUUAAACAUGAUCCACAGUGACUCUCCUGUUAUUAGAAACUGAGCAGGGUUGCACUUGAAGCCCUCUGGUUUGGUUCUUUGAAGAUCUGUUCAGUUUCCAAGAAUUUUUAUUCAAAUAGAGCUACUUCCAGAAAAAGCAUAAUAAAAAUUCUACUGGACUAUGGCGGUGUCAGCAGUGAGGAAGGUUGCUGAAAGUAGGUUGCCAUAGCCUCCUACCUGGCAGUGUUACUUAUGUAUACGUAAGAAAACUACACAUAAACCAAAGACUUUAUCUCUUUUCUUCUACUUCGAGGUAAAAAGGAAUUAAAAGUGUUUAUAAACACUUAUAAACAGAACAAAACAAAACAAGAGUCCAGGGCCGUGGUGCAAUAAUAUAAAUGUGAGUCAGGAAAUAGUAAAGGCAACAGCAGAAAUACUAGGAGGCUCAUGUCCUGCUUAUUUGAUUCUAAUUUUUGAAAAAGUUGAGAUAAAUCUUUGUGCCCACAAUUUGCAACCUGUGAGUUAAUAGUUAAAGUAAUACUCCCAAACAAAAACCUCACACUGUAAAAUUGUCUUUCCCCACCUAUAGAUGGAAUAGUAUGUUUCUGAUAAGGUCCACAGUAAUUAUUAAAGACCCUUCAGACAUAUGUCCGCUUGUUGAGAAAACAAUACAACUAAUUCUUCUUGUAAAGCCUUAUUGGUUUAUCCCACCAGAGAGGAAUAUGUCUAGGAAUGUAAGUUGUGGACGGUUUGAGACCAGUCAUGAGCCAUCAAUAGUAGUUUUUAGUCAUCUGAACAUCUGCUAAAAUGCAGAUACAUCAAAUGGAACGGCAAGCGUGUUAUAUAGCUGAAAAUUUUUGAGGUGAAAAGCUUCCUUUCCGAUCAACUAAAAUGUGGAAAAGAAGAGUGAAUUGUACCUUGCUUUAGUGUCUUGAGCUAGUCCUCUCAAUGGGGGAAAUAAACCAGAGAACCACAGUGUGUUCAGAUUUGGGCCAUCUGACACCCCACCACAGAAAAAUAAUGUGAAAACAUUGGCGUGUAAAUUAAUGGUUUAGAAGAGUUGCAUGAAAUGAAGUAAAUGGAGUCUGUCCUUAGCAAAGCAAAUCUAAGCAAGCUAUUGUUUUAACCAAAAGUCACUUAGAAGGAGGACUGAGAAUACUCAGGGCCUCAGUGACCAGUGACACUAACUUAACACAGUCCCCUAUAUACCUAUAGAUUUUUAUUUGAUUCUGCAUUUUAGGGCAAAGAUUUCUUUUUGAUUAAUCAAAGUGGUGUUUGUAGGCCUGUUAAGAUGAAAAAUAAUACACUUCUGUCUACUUCUCCCCCAUGGUAGCAUGAUAAGACUGAAAGAGAAAAAUAUGUGGAUAUCUUCUCUUCUUCUUGUGCCAGGCCAUAGCUUUGGAAGUGUAUUUUGUAAAUUCAGAGUGUUGUUUCCCAUUAAUUAACUUAGCCUUUGUUGAGAUCUCCUUCCUUCUGGUCAUAUUCAGACCUUCCUAGGGUACCAAGGGGUAUAUAGGAAGGAGUCUAGAAAAAGUAAUAUUUUAUUCUCUAAUGCUAUAGCUUUUCUAGGUCUCUUAGUGGGGAAAAAAGUAGAAAAUUGAGUAGAACUUGGCCUUGAGUCAAUAAAUGAUAUGAAAAUGUGUGAUCCAUGUAUGUACAUGUAUAUUUCUCCAAAAACAUGAUUAAAACCAAAAUAUCACAGACUCAUCCUUAUCCAUAUUUUUUUUCAUAAAAACUAUCCAUCAUGUACUAUAGGAACUUCCCACCACCCUCUCAACUUCCUGUUCAUACUACUCACCCAGCGGAGAGUGGCAGUAUCCCUUUGGCCUCUUGCCUCAGAGCUACGAUCAGAGGGCCUAAGGUCAGCAUAUAAGCCAAAUGUAGUUCACAUUUCCAAAUUCAGUCUGCAAAUGUUGACACUAGAGGAGUAACUGUCAGUAUUUUGGAUUAUUAAGCUGAAUGUUGGGGGCAAAAUGCAUGUAGUUGCUGCUUCACCCUAGGGAAGCAUCCUAGGAACAUCCAGCUCCUGCCAGGCUGCUAGGUGUCCUGAGGUACCAUCCCGUAAUGAGACAGGUGUCUGAAAAAAAUGAACUAGGAAGAAAGGUAGGCUCCCCAAAGCAAGCAAGCAGUUGGGUCAGAGAAAUAACUCUUCAAGGACAUAAAAUCAGACCUUGUUUAGCCAAACUGAUGGGUGAACCUCAAAAUGUCCAGUUCUGAUGCCAACUUUCCAUUCUGAGUAUUCGAUAGAGGUUGGAUUUGAACAAACUGAAUGCUUUCACCUUGGGAAAUCAAAGUGGAUCUCCCACUUUGUGGAUUCCAACCUCAUUGCUAUUUGGGCUGAAGUAAAAAAUGAGAUUUUAGUUCAAUUUCCCUGAGUCUUUGCAAAAGAGCUCUUCAGAGAGAACUUUAUAGACGCCCAUGAUUGUUCCCAUUCUGUUCAUGAUUUUGCAUCGAUAGUUAUUUAUUCCCUUUCUUAGAAAUGUUAAUGCCAAAGUUGCCUGAAUAUUUGAGUAUUUUUCCUUAAUUUGAAGUGUACAGAAUAAUUCCAGAGGUGUUAAAAAGAUUCUGUUUAUUUGUGUCUGUAAUGAUGUCAUUAUGUCCAGAGAGGCUUCAAGAAAUCCUUUGGAAAUGAAAGGUUAAAUGUUUACAUUUCAUGUGAUAUUUGAGGUCUUAAGAUACUAAUUAGCUUACUUCUUUUUCCUUUGUCUUUGGCUGAUUCCUCUUUGUAGAUAAAUAUUUGUAUUCCUGAAAUGUUUAUAACAUUCAAAUAAGAAAAAAACGAAUUACAUCAAAUCAGCCUGAUGAGAAAGUGAUGACAGGCACUUUCAGGUGUUCAGCAACUUGUAUGGAAAGAGAAAAGGCAGCUCCAUUUGUUGCAUCGCACUUGCUGCCUAGCAUGCUGUUCCUGAAAGGAAUACCCUUAAUAAUUAUAAACAGUUCUUGAAGUCAAGCCGAACGCAGCAGAUAGUAAUUAGUACUGGUUCUCUAUGGCCACCCGGUAGUUCUUUAUAGCAAUAGGCCAGCAAAGGACCAUGUGAUUUGCCUUUGUGUGUAUGGGCCCCUCCUCUCCCCUAGGGGGCGCUUAGUAGAUGCACCCUAGCCCUGUCCAUUUAUCCACUCUAUGCUGUUGUAACUUCUCUAAUACCUACUCAGAGGGAGCGUACCUAAUGCUGGUUUUCAUGUAGAAAACUUUAUUAGAGAAGAUAAAACAUCCUAAGUAGCAGUUUGUAAGAUCUGCAGACACCCAAAGGAGAACCUUAGUCUUUUCCUGGUAUUUCCAACUUAAGUUCAACCUGAAGCCUUUGAAAGGAAUGCCUUACCAAAUGGCCACAAGCUAAGACCCCAUCAGAUCAAAGAAAUAAAAGUCUCAGCAACCAGAUGGCAUAUCUUAUGGUGUCUCCACAAGACUAGACAUUCUCGAGACGGCCAGAAACUGAUGGGAGGAGACUGUUAGCCCAAGAUCUCUCUUGUUCAUCUCAUCCACCAACACUCCUUUCAGCCUCCUGGAACUCUUGAUAAAAGGGAGCCAAAAUAUUGUCACUUAUCAGCUAUCCAUUUUCCAGUAGCCUUUGGAUCAGUUGAUUAGAACACUCUUUCUCUGCCUGAUUCCAUUUUUCUUAAAAACUAUUGUGCCCAUGUAAGCCCGUUUUCCUGACACAGGUCCAUGAAAGCUUGGCUUCUUCUUUUGCUCUGUGUCACAUGGCCUGUCAGAGACAGCAGCUGUUGGUAUGGUUUCUGUGUUAAGUGAAAAAUUAGAUUUUAUAGAGAUAAUUUUUUUCUCUUGGAUCGACAGUAAUUUUUUAAAAACUGUCAUUGUAAAACUGCCCUUAAAAAAUUAGAGGCUUUUAAAGUUUAGCUGUGGCAAUUCUGGGACUCUAACUUAGAGAGUCAUUAAUUUAAAGACAGAAUACACCCUCCCAAGUGUGAUUUCCAAAAGUCUCAUAAAGCCUCCAAGCCUGUGAUUCUUCUCAGCUCUCCGUUUGCUCACAGAAUCCAUUACCUCCAUAACCAGUGUGUGUCAAGCAAGGGGGGAGAGGGUUCAUUUGGGGAUUUGUUUUUUAUUUGUAGUGACAAGUAGGAUAGGUGACAAUACCUUACUUGUUUUCUUAAGACAGUUCAGUGCUUGGGCAUCUUGUCAGAAGUGGAACAAUGUACUGUUAGCCGAUUAGAAUUAUUUUAUGUAUUGUUACGGUGUUUCGCUGAUUUUUAUAUGAAAAUAUAAUUAUUCAUUCCUGAUCUCUGGAAGCAAUCAUUAUUAUGAGGAUCAUUUUACUUUGGAAACACUUUCAUAAUAAAGAUAAGUAUUAAGAGUAAA